AUGAGGAGUGAUGAAUUUGAGCCGAGGACUGUCAGCCAGGCAUUGGAGGACGCACAGCUGAAAGGUACAGACAUCGAUUGCGUGGCCACUCUGGAGUUUUGGCACGAGAUUCUCGUUCCCCCAAAGACACCCAAGCAUUACCCCAACCCUCCCAAGUCAGUGGCAGUCCGGAUCGGCGCAACGGAUGCCAUUGAGAAGAACCAGCUGUAUGCCCACCCUAUGGGCGGCAACGGACCCCAAGAACUGAUCAACAUCAUGGGCGAAAAGAUCUCCACAGGCGAGAUUCGCUCUGCUGUUAUUUGUGGUGCUGAAGGCCUUGCUGCCUCUAGGAAAGGUCUUGCAGCCGGCAUGUCUCUGCCAGGGGUGGCUGAGAUGCGGCGAAAGCUGUCGUCCCGAGAGAAGAGCCAGACUCCAACGACGGGCAAGGAGCUCCCCUGGGGCGACGACCCAGGUGGCGAGCCACGUCGACUGAGGCCAGUGGAAAGCAUGUUGGCUUACACGACGAUGCGCAUGAUCCAGCACGGAUUGGCAGACCCCACGGUUUUCUAUGCACUUAUUGAGCAGGCCUACCGCAAGGAGUUGUAUCCACAUGUGCCGAGGGAGCAAUACCAGCGCGAGCUUGCGCGGCUGAUGUCAGAGUUUAGCCAAAUCGCCGCAGCAGAUCCGGACCACGCCUGGGAUGCGAAGGCCAGAAGUGUCGAGGAGAUCUCCACCGCAGGGCCUUCCAACCGGUAUGUCUCGUUUCCUUACACCCGUAUGAUGAACUCCUUCAUCGACGUGGACCAAAGUGCGGCUGUGAUCCUGAUGUCAUUGGGCGAGGCCCGUCGUCGCGGCGUCCCCGAGGAAAAGUUUGUUUACCUCCACGCGCAUGCGGAUGCGCACGAGGAACCCUACCGCGGACUGGAGCGUCCUUCCUUCACCGUGUCCCCUGCGCUUCGAGCAAUAAGAUGGAGGCUAGAGGAGACCCUGGGAGAGCCGCUGUCCAGUAUAAAGCACUGCGAGCUCUAUUCGUGCUUCCCAGUGGCUGUCCGCCAUGCAUCUCUGCAGCUGGGAGUACCCUUUGUGCAUGCAUCCGACGUGUGCAAGACGGGAGGUAUGCAAUUUCAUGGAGGUCCUGGCAAUAAUUUCAGCACCCACAGCAUUGCCUUGAUGGUGGAUAUCCUGCGAAAGGACCCUGGCUCCAAGGGGCUGGUCACGUCUAAUGGUGGCAUCUUCUCCAAACACUCUGCGGGAGUCUAUUCAACAGAGCCAUGUAACUGGAUGCCCCGACGAGCAGAGGAAGACCAGGAGCGGGCCAAGAAACUCUGCGAGGCCCUGUGCCCAGCGGUGAAACUCAACGAUGCGCCCUCCGGAGAGGCUACCGUGGACUUGUGGACUGUGGUCUUCGACAGCCGGAACAGCCCUCAGCGUGCGGUCAUCAUUGGGACGCUGAACGCAACGCAGGAGAGAUUCAUCGGGACUAGAGCCUCGUUUGCUCGAUUUGUGAAGGCUUUGUAA